AUGGACUCUGCAUCCUCUGGGCUUAAGAAGAGAGGGACCAUCCAGCUUAUUCUUAGUGCACAGUUUAGAAUCCUAGAACAGAAGUCCCUUCAAACAGGAGAGGGAAAGACCAAACCAAGGGACCAGAUCACCCCCACGCUCUUCCUGAGUGGGGCUGAUGCCGCGCUAAACCAGGCACUGGUUGCCCGCAAAGGCAUUACCCUCAUCAUCAACGUCACACUGUCCCACACCUGCCCCGUGUACCCGGGCGUGGAGUGUGUACGCGUGCCCGUGUCCGACCUGCCCCACGCCCGCCUCGGGGACCACUUUGAGCGUGUGGCAGCACGCAUCCAGGGCAACUGUGGUGGGGGCACGUUGGUACACUGCGCGGUGGGUCUGAGCCGCUCACCGGCACUGGUCAUGGCUUACCUGAUGAAGCAUAAGGGGCUGACGCUGCGACAGGCCCACGGCCGCGUGAGGGAGAGCCGGCCGGGCAUCCGCCUCAAUGCCAGCUUCUGGGACCAGCUGCUGGACUACGAGAAGCGCCUCUAUGGCAAGAACACGGUGAGGGUGGCCGCCCCUCUGGAGCCCAUCAUGACCGCCAUGCCCAACAAGCACCCCUGGAGCCUGUCGUGCCCACCCAGCCUCAAGCUGCGGCCCUUCAGAUAUGGACUCGAGACAGAGAUCAGAGCCUCCACUAAACACUGCUCCAAGUGGUGAAAGAGAGACAGAGAGAGAUAGAGUAGGCCUACAUCACUCUCUGUGCAGCAGUCCACCAGACCUCGGGAUCUUGGGGUCAGAUUCAGGACUCAGACGUGUGAGCUGCUACUGAUUUUGCAUAGCAGUGGCCAUGUUUCAUGUUUCAAACCCUCAGUCCUUCAGCAGAAGACUAGUCAACCAUUUUUGUAGUAUUGAGUACAUGACAGAGUGCACUAGCAACACACCACAGUUAGAUGUCACCCACAUGAUCGGCACAACAGUGUAUUGCAGAGACAGUGAACAUAUGCUGUCAUUGGUUUUAGGGCUGUUUUCACCUCUUUUUAUUCAACCAGAAUUAAGUCAUAAAUUCACUGGCAACAAGGGAAAAGGACAUGAGUGACUUUUGUUUUCGUCUCAGAGUAGGACCAGCUUGCAAAUACUCAGGAGGACCUCUCGAGUAUGGACCAUUCAUCACAAUCUACCGGGAUACAGGAGAGCUGGUCCUCGUUUCCCUAAAUGAUGUACUGAAAGGGGUUCAUUUAGAGGAUUCUUGCUUUAUUGACUUUAUAGCAAUUGCCGAAAACCUACCUCAACCCCUGCCCCCCAAAAUGCCACUGUUUGUGUGCAGUUAAAAGGGGUUAAUAUUGACGUAGAAAAUUUAACUUUUACCAUCCAGCAGCCUGUUUUACAUGCUGGAUUGCAGGACAUCAUAUGAUCAUUUCCAUGUGUUCAGACGAUGAUUGUCAAUUUCAAUCUGAUGGUCCAAAUAUAAAGAAUGUUGUCCAAUACCAAUGAGAAAGUUUCCCCCAACAGGAUUGCUCAGGAACGGCCAUGCAACAUUGCUCAGAUGUGAUUUUCAUGUAAUCAUAUUCUGCCAUUAAAAUUCUGAUCAAA